GGGUAUCGAAUUUAGGGUCCCUAGUCACCACCAUCACUUCAAAAGGAACAAGAGUGAAAAAUGUUCUCCUUUGAUUUGUUUUUAAAUUUUUUGAACACAUCAUGAACACCCGGCUUCAAUUUCUCCCCCAGUAAAGAGAAGUGUGGUGUCAUCCCAAGUAAGCUUUUGGAAUUCGUUUGAACGUUGUUGUUGUAUACAAGAACUUCUGACUAGAUGUUGUUGAACUCCAAUAUAUGCGCUACCUCCCAUACAAAGAUUCUAUGGUUUCGUUCAUCUUGUAAUCGUCUUUAUGUUGCAAAAUUUGGGGCUUCUCAAUUGGGUAUCCAUUUUCCUGGAAAUCCAUUUACUUACAUUGUAUUAUUUUCUACAACUGAUAGCCCUAGAUUUAAUCCCAACCCUAAAUUAUACUUGCAAAAUGGUAAUUCUGGUUAUACUGGAGAUGGGUGUGUUGUAAAAGAAGAAUUGGGUGUUAAAGAAUGUAAAGUUUUGAGCUUUUCUGAUACUUGUUUUACUGAUGAUGGAAAAAAUUGCAGCUAUAUACAUAAUGCUAGUACUUGUAGCUUUGACCCUGUCCAUGAGUUUGAAGAGUCAGAUAAUGAAGAUUUAGACUGUACUGAUGAUGAUUUUAAGGUUUUGGAUUCAUUUGGUAGAACUCAAAAACAAGUCAACAGGGCAGAAAACGGUGGCAUUUCUGGAAGAAUUGAAGAGGAAAUGGGACAUCAUUUGGUUAAGGAAACAUGUAGAUUGAUUGAACGUCGCUCAGCUUGGAAUCCACAGCUUGAAAUAGAAUUGAGGCGUUUACUAAGAAGUAUGAAGCCUCACCAUGUUUGUGCUGUGUUAACGUCUCAAUCUGAUGAAAGGGUUGCUUUGAAAUUCUUUUAUUGGGCAGACCAGCAGUGGCGCUACCGACAUGACCCUAUCGUUUACUAUGUCAUGCUUCAACUUCUAAGCAGGACAAAGUUGUGCCAGGGAGCUAAGCGCAUUCUUAAACUGAUGGCACGAAGAAGAAUUCCACGGAGACCUGAAGAUUUUGGUUGUGUAAUGGUUGCUUUUAGUCGAGCUGGACAUUUAAGGAAAGCAAUGCAGAUCCUGAAUGUGAUGCAAAGAGCAGGAAUUGAGCCUGAUUUGUCUAUAUGCAACACUGCAAUUUAUGUUUUGGUGAAGGGUGAUAAAAUUGAGAAAGCAUUGAGCUUUCUGGAGCGGAUGCAACUAGUUGGGAUAACACCAAAUGUUGUUACAUACAAUUGCUUAAUCAAAGGUUAUUGUGAUGUGCAUCGCGUUGAAGAUGCAUUGGAGUUGAUUGCUGAAAUGCCGUAUAAGGGCUGUUACCCAGAUAAAGUUAGUUAUUAUACUUUGAUUGCAUUCUUUUGCACGAAGAAACAAACUGAAGAAGUGAGGGAGUUGGUGGAGAAAAUGGCUAAAGAUAGUAACUUAUUGCGUGACCAGGUUACUUAUAACACUAUUAUACAUAUGCUUUCAAAGCAUGGCCAUGCUGAUGAAGCCUUAGGAUUCUUAAGGGAAGCUGAAGAAAGAGGAUUCCGAGUGGAUAAAGUGGGGUAUAGUGCUGUAGUGAACUCCUUCUGUAAAGAAGGAAGUUUAGAUAAGGCAAAGGAACUGGUCAAUGAAAUGAUUGCCAAAGGAUGUCCUCCUGAUGUGGUUACUUACACUGCAGUUCUGAAUGGGUUUUGCCUUGCAGGAAGAAUUGAUCAAGCAAAAAAGUUACUUCACCAUAUGUACAAAUAUGGUUGCAAGCCAAAUACUGUAACGUACACUGCCCUGUUAAACGGGCUUUGCCAGAGUGGAAGGUCUGCCGAGGCACAGGAGAUUAUGAACACGUGUGAAGAAUGGUGGUGGAGACCAAAUGCUAUUACAUUUGGUGUGGUAAUGCAUGGUUAUCGUAGGGAAGGAAAACUGUCUGAAGCCUGUGAGGUGGGUAGGGAAAUGAUUGGAAAAGGCUUUUUCCUUUCUCCCGUUGAAAUUAACCUGAUCAUUAAAUCUCUUUGCCAAGAGGGCAGAGCAGAUGAAGCAAAGAGUUUUAUGGUAGAAUGUCUGAAGAAAGGAUGUGCUGUUAAUGUGGUGAAUUUCACCACUGUAAUUCAUGGUUUCUGUCUAAAGAAUGAGUUGGAUGCUGCUCUCUCUGUCCUUGAUGACAUGUAUUUAAUUAAUAAACACCCUGAUGUUGUCACAUAUACAACGUUAAUAGAUGGAUUAGGAAAACAAGGAAGGAUAGAGGAGGCUAUUGGGCUGUCCAAUAAAAUGCUUCAUAGAGGGGUGCUUCCCACUGCUGUGACAUAUCGUACAGUCAUCCAUCGAUUUUGUCAGCAACAUAGGGUGGAUGAUCUGUUGGUAGUACUGGAAAAGAUGCUUUCAAGAGGGGGGUGCAAGACUGCCUAUAAUCAGGUUAUUGAAAAACUUUGUGGUUUAGGAUAUACUGAUGAGGCUUAUAAGCUAUUGGGAAAGGUCCUCAGGACAGCUUCAAGAGUUGAUUCAAAUACCUGCCACAUUCUUAUAGAGAGCUAUUUAAAGGAAGGGAAUCCUCUUUCAUCAUAUAAGGUAGUGUGUCGAAUGUUCAACCGGAACCUUAUUCCUGACUUAAAGGUCUGUGACAAGGUGAGGGAUAGAUUGAUGCAAGAUGGCAGAGUAGAAGAGGCUGACAAGCUCAUGUUGCGCUUUGUCGAGCGUGGCCAUAAGUUGCCUCAGCUUCAGAGGACUUGAAUUUUGAAUACUAAAGAGGAGAUCAUUGUGUGUUCUUAGGACAUAUUACUGUUCUGACAAGGCUACAAUAGGAAAGUAUAGACAUCAAAAGGCAAAUGAUUCAGUAGCUCAUUAUAUUUCAGAAAGAAGUCACUAUCUGAAGCAUAACAAGAUUUCUUGAAAUGCUGGUGGUUUCUCGGAUCAGAGUGCUGAUAUGGACCAAGUCUUGGACACGUCCCCAUUAAUGUCUCUCUGGUUUGCAAACUUAAUUCUUAUUCAAUUUGAAGGAUAAAGAUAACAGCUCUAAACAACUCUGCUUGUCACCUUCGGUUGAAAAAAAUGAUGAAUUUGUAAGAGUUUCAUCUCAUCAAGGUAAGUUUCUAUCAAGUCUCUAAAUCUAUAGUAACCACUAAUUAUUGAAUCAAUAUUUCUGGAUUUGAUUAAUCACUUAUUAUCAGAACUAGUAUUGUUUGUCAGUAUUUUGGUGUUCAUCAUAGAUUUAAUUGUUUGCCAAAUAUAUAUAAGCAUAAUCUUUUUGUUGUUCGUGUAAUGUUGAAUUUCAACUUGAAUUUGUGUAAGAGUUUCCUUUUUAUAUUGGGUUGAACAAUGUCUAGUUUAUUUAGGAGACACUAGAGGGGCGGUGCUAGGGUUCCGAAAGGGUUUUAUCUGAAUUCCUUUUGUCUAAAAAUUACAUUAUAUAUGGUCAAACUUAUAUCUUAUUUAUAUAGUAGAGGUCGAACCCUCGACUUCUUAAUAUGAUUUCUUCUAUAAAUUAUAAAGAGAUUAACUUGUGUGCACUGACUGUGUAAAGUUUUUUUGCACAAUCAGGUAAGUUUAACAGUAAUAGCUGAACUCAGGUAAACCUCUAAUCUAUUUCUUUCUAAUAUUUGAGAUCUCUAAUAUUUAUUACUGUAAUUUUUUCUCUCUCUCUCUCUCAUUAAGCAUCGGCAUAUUUUUUUCUCUGUCUCAGACUCCUAAUUGUCGGACUUGGGGUUCUUUUAUCCGAACUUCUAUCUCCCCUUAGCUGCUAAGCUCCUCGUGGGUUCAUGAUCUCUUUUAUUCAUGUGAAAUUAUCCAUAAAAGGUUAUUACCUUUGAUCUUUUGGGGAAUUAUUUUAAAUUUGUAGCAGAUGUUUAUAAUCUGAAUCUACUAUAGAUUCUUAUGAUGUUUCAACCGGAUGUCGUUAUCUCUGAUCUCCAAUCUCAUGUGAACUUGGUUCUUCUGGAUUCUUGGCUUAUUCAUCUGAACACCAAAACCCUCUUCUUCCUAGGUUGUUUGCUGGUGUGGAUGACAUUCCUUGCAUGUUUCAAGGCCACAUCGAGAAUGUAGUACAUCUUAAGCAACAGUAUGGGUUAAACAAUACUGCAAAUGAAGUGAUCAUUCUUAUUGAGGCUUACAGGACUUUGAGGGAUACAGGUCCUUAUCCUCCAGAUCAGGCUGUGAAAGAUAUUCAUGGAAAGUUUGCGUCGUUCUUUAUGAUAGUGCUUCGAGGAGUACCUUUUUAGCUGAAGUUUCCUUUAUACACGAGUUUUCUACAAAUCAAAAUAGAAAAUGGAAGGCUUGUUAUUCAAGAGUAUAACAUGACUUAUAUACUCGUGUCAACCAAGGAUGUUGGUGGCAGUGUGCCCUUCUUCUGGGGUACCGAUUCUGAAGGCCACCUAGUUCUCUCGGAUGAUGCUGACAUUGUGAAGCAUGGCUGUGGGAAAUCCUUUGCACCAUUUCCCAUAGGUAAUGUCAAUGAACUUUGCUUUGAAGGGAAAGGUCCUGCAACCUAAUAAGUAAUUCCUAAUGUCAUAUUGUCUUGGUUGCGGUGGUUUUUGACAUCUUUUGGUGGUUUGAGGACAAAACAUGAAAUUGCAGACACCUACAGAUGUGUUAUGGAGUCGUAUCUUUUGGAUGUGUUGUGUAAUUAUGGCUCGAGCUCUCCAAAAAUAUUGAGAGCUUCUUUGGGUGCGCAGCAGAACUCUUUCAUCUGUUCAUGAUGCCAUAUUGGAGGACUUGGUUGUUCCAGCAGUGAUUGUUGGGAAGCGUACUAAGUAUCACAUUGGCCCCAAGGAACCAAGUAUAAGUUGGAGACCUUUUCAACAGUUAACAGAAAGCUUUCAGGCAAAGAUGUAGUGUUCGAGUACCCCAUCAUUUAUUGACCUCAUCUAUAUGACGUGAGCGGUUUCUCCUUUGUAAUUUUGGCACUACCAUUUUGUUUUACUAUGAUGUGAAAUUCCUAUCAUAUUUCAGUUAAAACCAUUUCUCUAUGUCAUACAUUUUGAGUUUGUUUAUUGAAACUUGGUCAAAACAAAAAACAAGAA